CCUAGUGAACGUCGUCCAGUCGAGUUGAGCUGCUUGCGGUCUGUGUCUGCGCUAACGGUGUACCGGGUCGCUUCGAACGCCAGUGGGUUUCCCCGGGGUUUUCUCACCUAAGUUCAGUGUUGAAUGUUAGAGACCGCGUUCGGGACAAUCGCAACGUAGCCAUACUGCUGCACAGUAUAUAUCGAAAUCACACCAAUUACUUCCGAUCGGAAAUUGCGGUAUGCUAGACGACCGACCGACACAUGGCAGCUAGUUUUUGAUCUAUAUUCAUAGCGCUGUGUAAUACCUAUUCGUGCGUGUUGCUGAGUGCAGUUGCACUUUGUGCAGUUCAGUUGAAAGUUAUAUAUUUUAGUGUAACGCUUAUCAACAGGUGUAGCUUGUAGUGCUGCAAAAGUGGUUCAAGUUAUAACAAAAAAAAGUGAACCGCUCUCGUAAAGUUCAUGUAAUCAGUGGAUGAAGGAAUAAAAUAAUUGCCACGUUAAAUAAUUUUCGACCGCUAUCAAGCGUGGCAGCAGCGAGGAGGAGGCACACACAACUUGAGCUGCCGCAAGAGUCUUAAGGCAGUAGGAGUUAUUUCACCUUCAGAGUAAAAGUUUGUGAUUUUGAUUUCGAGCGUUUAUUUUUUGGGAGUUGGUGCGGUGUGUCCAAAACGAAUGAAAAUGUUCCCUCGAAGCGUGUCGAACCGAGACCAGCAGAUAUUAACCAACUGCUGCUGCAGUGUUGGCGGUACAGUUGAAUAGUAACCGUUCGGAGUGAAUGAACAAUUUUGUUUUCCCCGUACCCCGGGCAGCGGAAAAACCAUACGCCAAUCGGCGUAAAACUGCGAUAGUGCUCAUCGAGAGAAAGAACACCACCGGCAUAUCAAGAAGAGCAACCUCGUACCCGUCGUUGGUCGCCGCAAUCUGCUCAAACAUUUACACAGCGUGUGUAUGAUCGACGUAAGCAAUACUGGCAUACUGGCCGCACCGCAGUGCACCAGCAUAGAGCAUCAUAAAAGGUGGUGAUGGUGAAUAGCUCAAGGAAAAGUCUAAUCUGAAUCAUUCACUGUAAACGAGAGGCAACAGUGUGUGCUGCAUAAGAAAGCGCAAAGAUUCGGCUUACGGAAACUGAAUUAUUAGGGGCUAGCAGAAAUCAGCUAUGGAGAGCCUCAUGAGUGAUUUCCUGCUCAAUCCGGAGGAGUGGCCCUCCAAUCCGGAUGACUUUAUGGACCUGUUCCAGCUGGACAACAAUUUACUGUUCAACGAUGGUGUCGUCUCGGGGUCGGCUGCAGUGGGAGCUAGCGAAGGAAUGAACGACAUCACAUCUAGUUUGAUCAACAACCUGCACAAUGGCUUCAGCAGCUACGAGGAUGUAUGCGGGCUGAUCCUGGAUGGCCAAACCGAGCAGGCCCUGUCGCCGAUGUCGUCUCUCGCGUCGGACCAGGAGUUCCGCGGGUUCCCGAACAGUGGCGGUGCUUCGCUGGACGGCAGUGGCUAUGAGGAUGAUUUUGUUAGCGGAUCACCUCAGGAAAUCACCGGAUCCACGGCGGUCAAGAUGGAAACGGACAAUGCUAUGAACGAGUUUAGUAUUUUUGAACGGAAUGCCGAGCAGCAGGCCCUCUCCUCGGCCGCCUCUGAUAGUGGACUUUCAAGCGACCAUUUGGAUUUUGACCCUGCAACGGACUAUGAAGCACUAAGCCCGGCUUUGUCCUCCCCUGGGCCGUCGAUAAGUGAACGUGGAGGUCAAAACUCGCCACCACGCUACGUAAAACAGGCCCCGCAACCCAUCCAGAAACCCCAAGUCGCAACUUUCCAGCAGACAACGGUACAAACCGCCGUUACAGCUGCACCUCACGCAAUCAAACCCGAAAAAGUUCAGCACCAGCCAGUUAAAACGUUGGUUUCGGGACAUCAACCGGCAAAAAAGAACGCUAUCAAAAACCAACCCUCAGCAGCACAAUUUACCCAUGGUAAGGAAGUUAAAAUCUACCGAGUUGCACCGGCUAAAAGCGGCCAAACGGUAACCGUAGCAAACGGAACGAAUGCCAACAAGAAGGUUACCCUGCAGCUAAAAAACGGAAACGCCGCGCCAAGUGUAACGGGCAGAACCAACGGAACCGUUUUCAUAAACAACAAAAACGUAGUGCUCACAUCAACCGCUAGCAAUGGUCAAACGGGCGUACGAAAAAUCAUUCGCGUCCAGCAGCAACAGCAGCAAAAUGGUCGCUCAAUUCUAGUACCGGUUUCUAUCCAGGACCUUCGUACGAUCAAAAUUGUUAAUUCUGCUAAUCUAAAGACAAAAUCCGCAAACAUAAAGCUGGCAGCUGCUAACCUGUUACAGCAGUCGAAGCAAGGCUUGAUUCAGAAAAACGUAGUUCUUCCUAAAGAACAGUUGAUCGUUGAGGACAGUGACGUAUUUCAAAACGGCAGUGAUAAUGAAAGUUUCGCUUUUGAAGACAUUAUGCAACAGAGCAACUCCGUCAUCGAGCAGGUUCAACAGCAGCAGCAAAUGGUCAGUGAUUCGGAUGCCGAACUAGACCAGGACGACGAUUUGGAUGGCGACGACAGUGUUGUGGGCAAUGGAAAAACCGCAUCCGGUGGCUAUCAGAAACUCGUUCUCACGUCAGAAGAGAAACGCCUGCUUGCUAAAGAAGGAAUUAGUCUACCCACCAGUUACCCAUUGACGAAGCACGAGGAACGGGAGCUGAAGCGAAUCCGGCGUAAGAUUCGAAACAAGAUUUCCGCCCAGGACUCGCGCAAGCGAAAGAAGGAAUACGUUGAUGGACUGGAGGAACGAGUUAAGCAGUGCACAGAGGAAAAUCAAACUUUGCUGAAGCGCAUCAAAAUUCUGCAAAGCCAGAACCACGAUCUCAUGAGUCAGAUGAAGAAGAUUCAGUCCUUGCUAACCAAGGGCACAGGAAAGACAACACAACCGGCUACAUGUCUGAUGGUACUGUUGCUGAGUAUGGCUCUGGUGGCGGUACCGAACCUGAAACUUGGAGGUUCACAUCAGCAGCAAAACAUUCAGGACUCGAUCGAGAUGGCUGAGUUACUGCAGGAUGCCGCUGCCGAUAAGACCCAGGUUCAGAAUGCGGCCCAAAGCCGGCGCUCUCUCCUGUUCGACACCAAGGAACAGCUCGGCGACGCACUGGUUGAUGAAGAGAUGAACUUCGAUGAGAUCAUGGCUUUCAAUGUUAACUCGCUAAUUGCCAGUGAGCAUGACUAUUCUUCCGAGGAAGAACCCAAAGCUAAGCGAGCUAAAGUACACUCGCUGGUGGAUUACGACGUUGAUGACGACAUUUGGAAUGGCAGCAGUAAAAUGAGAAUUAAACUCGAAGCUGAAGAAAACGACUAUAAAUCAAAACAUUUCCAACAAACGCUUGAGCAGAAAAUGAACGAACCCAAUGCCGGGCUACAGAAAAUUAAAACAGAGCAUAGUGAAGUGAUCGUCGACCGAGAACUCUUAGACGCUAUGUCCGACAAAAGCAAGUCCGAGCUAUACGGUGGCGUGAAUCUUGAUGCUUUCGCAAGCUCACCCGGUCUAUUAACUAAAGAUGGACAAAGCAUUGAGUUGCUGGUACCUAAUGCAGGUUCCACAGCCACAGGUAACGUGGAUGAUGUAGGUAAAAAAUUAAACGCCUCCCAACAGAUUCAACAACAAAACAACAAAAGAAAGUUACUCCUUUAAUCGAAUUGUACUGGUUCGCAUUGAUUUGGGGAUAUUUUCGCAGGGCUGUUAUUCUAUGUGUAAAUAUUUAUUAUCUUUUAAGAUCAUACUACUAGUUCGUGAAAGUAACGCAAACAGGAGAGAGUUUAUUAAGUUUCUUCUAGAUUUUAAAUCGAUGGAAUCAAUUUGUGUAUUGAUGGCAUUUCGCUCUUUUAGGUCACACUGUCAUACCGUAAAUAUGCGUCAUCAUCUAAUCAAACGAACGCUACUUCGACGUUGUGCUCUUUUGUCGUUGGCUCUGCUACGAAACUAACAAGGGCCAGUGGCAAAAGAGCAGAGCAUCGAUGAUUAGACUUCAAGCAAAGCAAACACAAGAAUCACAAAUUUAGUAUUGAAACGUACUGCUAUAACGUUUGAUUAUUUUUUCUGUCUUGAAAGAUUGUGAGUUCACAAAACAAUAUCUGUUAUAUAUAUAUGCCUUUGUUGCUUGUUUUACCUGUUCUAGAUAUUAUAAAUUACUUGUGCAAUUAUGUUUUAGUUUUCUAAUGUCCAAUUCUGAUAAAUUUCCUUAAAUGUGGUUGAAAAUUUAGGCAUCCUUAUAACGUUUUCCUGGAAACGUAUACACUUAGGCUAAAAUAGCUGUAUUAUUGAUAGUUUAAUGCACGGGAAUUAUCAUUAAAUAGAGCAAUAGAGCCAACUAGUUAAACCGCAUAAGUUUGAGCACUUUUUAUUGAUGGACGGUCAUGGUUCAGCCAUCCAAAAUACACAGUAACCUUCUUUCUUACUUCUUCUUAUUGCAAGAUCGAAAUAAAUUAUCCUUAUUUCUACUUUGAAACAACUUUCUCUGCAAUUAUUUAAGACAAGAUAACCUGCAACUUGAUUGUCUAUGAAAGUUUGCUUAGUAAGAAACUGAAAGGCAAAUAAAUGUAAUCAUACAUAUACUAAAUACUAUUAUAAUAUAUUGCUGUAUAUAAACAGUAA